GGGAGAGCCCGGCCCGGGGCCGGGCGGAGGAGCAGGAAAGACCCCGGGGUCCCGCGGCGCGUGAAGUGGAACUUUCUUCCCCCGCCCCCUCCUCGGGACAAGCCCGGGCGGGGACGCGGGCUACUGGAAAGUCCGGCAGGGGAGGGGACCGCGGGUUUCGGUGCUCUGGGUGCGGAACGGGACAGGGAGCGGCUGGGGCCGCGCGAGGAGCGGCGAUUCCGGGAAGUGGCGGGGGGAGGGCGUCCGAAAGGGGCACCCGGUCCACCCUUUCUCGAGGCUUCCCGCUCCUCCCCACUCCGCACGGCGGGGCUUCAAGGGGCGCAGUGAGAAUGGGGAGCGGGGCGAGGGACGUGAGGGGGCGCCUCCUUGGGCUGCUGCCCGGGACCCUGACCUGGCCCCUUCCUCUGUCCCUUUUCUCACCUUGGUUGUCGCCCUGAGGCUACAACUAGAGCCCGGGAGACCCAGGGCCUUCUGGAGCCAGGGAGUGGUUGGGAAAGGAGGAGACCGUUUGGAGAGCAAACAGAUGGCCAGAGGGUUGAGUGAUUGGCGCCCAGGUACCCCACCUGAGGGGUCACGAAUGGGUGGGGAGGAGGAGGAAGAAGUUGGAGGCAGAGAAAGGGGGAGGGGGCGGGGUUUUGUCACCUGUCACCUGCUUUGGCUGAGCCUGGGGCGGGCCAGGGACCGGUAUAAAGCAGCGGGCGCUUGCGACUGCCCCACCUCCGCCACAGCGCCUCGCCGGGACUCCUCCGCCCCCUCCCCACCCUGCCGGCCUCCACCAUGACACCGGGCUUCCAGGUCCCUCUCUUCCUCCUGCUCCUGGCAGCCCUGCAGCUUCCAGCUGACACUGCACAGUCUACUGAUAACUCAUUCUCGACCACCAGCUCAGCCUCGAGCUUGACCACCACCCCCGGACACCACAGCAGCCGGUCGCCGUCCACCACACCUAGACAUCACAGCGGCCAGUCCCGUACCACAAACACCGGACACCACAGCGGCACGUCCCAGACCACCACCACCGGACACCACAGCGGCCAGUCCCCGACCACCAAGACCGGACACCAGAGCGGCCCGUCCCCGACCACCACGACCGGACACCACAGCGGCCCGUCCCCGACCCCAACGACCGGACACCAGAGCGGCCCGUCCCCGACCCCCACGACCGGACACCACAGCGGCCCGUCCCCGACCACCACGACCGGACACCACAGCGGCCCGUCCCCGACCACCACGACCGGACACCACAGCGGCCGGUCCCCGACCACCACGACCGGACACCACAGCGGCCCGUCCCCGACCACCACGACCGGACACCACAGCGGCCCGUCCCCGACCACCACCCCCGGACACCACAGCGGCCCGUCUCCGACCCCCACGACCGGACACCAGAGCGGCCCGUCCCCGACCACCACGACCGGACACCAGAGCGGCCCGUCCCGGACCACCACGACCGGACACCACAGCGGCCCGUCCCCGACCACCACCACCGGACACCACAGCGGCCCGUCCCCGACCACCACCACCGGACACCACAGCGGCCCGUCCCCGACCACCACCACCGGACACCACAGCGGCCGGUCCCCGACCACCACCACCGGACACCACAGCGGCCCGUCCCCGACCACCACGACCGGACACCACAGCGGCCCGUCCCCGACCACCACGACCGGACACCACAGCGGCCCGUCCCCGACCACCACCACCGGACACCACAGCGGCCGGUCCCCGACCACCACCACCGGACACCACAGCGGCCCGUCCCCGACCACCACGACCGGACACCACAGCGGCCCGUCCCCGACCACCACGACCGGACACCACAGCGGCCCGUCCCCGACCACCACCACCGGACACCACAGCGGCCGGUCCCCGACCACCACCACCGGACACCACAGCGGCCCGUCCCCGACCACCACGACCGGACACCACAGCGGCCCGUCCCCGACCACCACCCCCGGACACCACAGCGGCCCGUCCCCGACCCCCACGACCGGACACCAGAGCGGCCCGUCCCCGACCCCCACGACCGGACACCAGAGCGGCCCGUCCCGGACCACCACGACCGGACACCACAGCGGCCCGUCCCCGACGACCACCACCGGACACCACAGCGGCCCGUCCCCGACCACCACCACCGGACACCACAGCGGCCCGUCCCCGACCACCACCACCGGACACCACAGCGGCCGGUCCCCGACCACCACCACCGGACACCACAGCGGCCCGUCCCCGACCCCCACGACCGGACACCAGAGCGGCCCGUCCCGGACCACCACGACCGGACACCACAGCGGCCCGUCCCCGACCACCACCACCGGACACCACAGCGGCCCGUCCCCGACCACCACGACCGGACACCACAGCGGCCCGUCCCCGACCACCACGACCGGACACCACAGCGGCCCGUCCCCGACCACCACCCCCGGACACCACAGCGGCCGGUCCCCGACCACCACCCCCGGACACCACAGCGGCCCGUCCCCGACCACCACCCCCGGACACCACAGCGGCCCGUCCCCGACCACCACGACCGGACACCACAGCGGCCCGUCCCCGACCACCACGACCGGACACCACAGCGGCCGGUCCCCGACCACCACCCCCGGACACCACAGCGGCCCGUCCCCGACCACCACCCCCGGACACCACAGCGGCCCGUCCCCGACCACCACCACCGGACACCACAGCGGCCGGGCCCCGACCACCACGACCGGACACCACAGCGGCCCGUCCCCGACCACCACCCCCGGACACCACAGCGGCCCGUCCCCGACCACCACCCCCGGACACCACAGCGGCCCGUCCCCGACCACCACCCCCGGACACCACAGCGGCCCGUCCCCGACCACCACGACCGGACACCAUGGGGUCCCGACCUCGACCCGCAGCUCAGCCUCGAGCUCGACCGCCGCUUCCGGACAGCACGGUGGCACAUCCCCGAGCCACGUCCCGCCCGCCAGCACCGCUCACCGUGGCCCGGAACCUCCCACGCCCUCCUAUCACAGCACUUCUCCCCAGUCUCUGAGCAUCUCUGUCUUUUCGCUGUCCUUCUCCAUCGAGAACCGUCAUUUUAACUCUUCUCUGGAAGAUCCGGGCUCUAGCUACUACCAGGAGCUGCAGAGGAACAUUUCUGAGUUGUUUUGGCAGAUUUAUAAGAAGGAAGGUUUUCUGGGCCUCUUUAAUAUCAAAUUCAGAGCAGGAUCGGUGGUGGUCGAAUCGAGCCUGGCCUUCCGAAAGGGUGCCACGGAUGCCCACAGCGUGCAGACACAGUUGGAAGAGAACAAAAAAAAAUUUGCCGCAUAUCACCUGUCCAUCUCGAAUGUCAGGGCACAAGAUGUGUCGCCCCUUUCCUCUGGCCAGUCUGGGUCUGGGGUACCUGGCUGGGGCAUUGCUCUGCUGGUGCUGGUCUGUGUCCUGGUGGCACUCGCCAUCAUCUGUGUCAUUGCUCUGACGGUGUGUCAGUGCUGCCGAAAGAACUGUGGGCAGCUGGACAUCUUCCCAGCCCGCGACGCCUAUCACCCUAUGAGCGAGUACCCCACCUACCACACCCACGGGCGCUACGUGCCUCCGGGCAGCAGACGCAGCCCCUAUGAGGAGGUCUCUGCAGGCAACGGGGGCUUCGCGUCCGUGAACCCGAGCACGUCAGCCACUUCCGCCAACCUGUAGGCGCGCAUUGCCGCCGAGCGUCCAGAUUGCAGUGCCACGUGCCCUCCCCCAGGCUCCUCACUGCCAGAGUCCUCUCGACUCGGGUCUGUGCCUCGCUGCUGAGCUGGGAGCUCAGGCAGGCUGCUCACAGGCCCCACCGGGUCCCCCUAACCCACGUACGUCAGCCCCGCUGAAGCCCAUCCAAGCCCCUUGGGGACAGGCCCGGGGCAGGGGCUCCCAGGAGGACUGGCCCAGAAAGCCCCAAGUUGGAAAUGUGAACGGGACUGGGGCUGAAUAAAAAGGGAACCUCUUCUGUGCUGA